AUGGUAAUGAAGCGACUGUUUUCGCGACUGAAUCCACCAAAGACUGGACAGUUAAAUAAUGCAUCCGACUCAAGCAUGCUGUCCAGCUCGGCCGUCUUUGGAACUAGUCUAUCUAUGUGUGUCGAAAAUGAUGCCAUCCGUAUCCUCCAGCAUCCAUUUACAAUACAAAAUCAAUCAGACUUUCUUUCGACCCAGGAUGUUCAUGGCAACUUGGUUUCAUCCCAAUCCGAACAAUCAGUAAAGCAUAAAGCAACCAACUCAUCUUCAAAUCUAAAAAGUACAACCGCAAGACCAUUGAUACCCAAUGUUCCCAUCAUUCUUCAACAAUGCAUUCAAUGUCUCGAUACUGAAGAAGGACUAUCAACCCAAGGACUAUUCCGUACAGCAGCUUCAUCAAAAGAUGUCAAGGAGGUUCAUUUAAAUAUUUGGGCAGCAACAAAACCUGAAAUGGACUUGAAUUUGAUCGUUUCUUCGAUAAUGAAGCAAUGGAUGAGAGAAUUGACGGACAGAAUUAUUCCCAGGGAAUUUUUCUAUGAUUUUUCUGUAGCGGGAGACUCGAUCGAACAACUUAAAAAAGUCGUUUCUAAACUACCCACAAUUCACCAAUCAACGCUGGUAUACCUUUGUCGGUUUCUUGUUCGACUAAGCUCUAAAUCGGAUGUAAACAAGAUGACUAUAUCAAAUAUAGCCAUUGUAUUCGGUCCAACCAUAUUUUACUGUCCGUCCGACUCACAAGCAAGUCAAAGCCCUGUGGUUCAUUCUUCAUCGCCAAAAACUGCAACACCAAUCGCUAUAGAAAGAUUUAUGAGUGAAAGUAUCGAGGCAGCAAACAUCAUCACUGAGUUAUUGAAACACUUUGAAAUGUGGAAUACAGAGUUACCCGACUCAGCUCUGCCUACGAUUUACAAUGAUGGUAUGGAAGCAGUACAUGACCACAAACCACACAUUCAGCAAUCGGCAUCUGUCACGAGUUUUUCUUCGUGUAGAUCUUCUCCCGAGCCUAUGGAAAAGGAAAUAUCAAGCAUACAAAAACAAAAGGUGGAUAAUCUGGUCGAGGAAAGCAUAGAUGCCGUACUAUUUGGAAUUUCGCGGAAAAACCAAGAGGCAAUCAACUCGGCAAAAACCUAUUUGGAGUUGGUACCAGUACAAUCGCCAACACACGUAAAAUUAUCAAGCAACCCUCGUAUAGAUACAACACACGUAUCACCAAAAAACGAAACGGUCUAUCAAAAUGAAUUACCUACUUCUGCCAUAUAUUUGGAAUUUAAACCCAAGAAAAUCGAAAAGCAGGAUCAUCCUGUUUCUGAAACCGAACAAACUCUUUCUCAAAUUAAACACUCUCAUUUAACUGAAAAUGAUGUUUUCAUUUUGAAUCACAAGAAACGAGAGGAUUAUAUUUAUAAUUUAAAAAGCAAGCCUUGUGGACCAAAUCGGCAUAUUCCCAGCGAUAUAUACAUUGAAAAUAUGCAAGAUGAUUUUAAGAAAGCAGUUGAUGUUCAGCCAGGCAUUCUAAGCGACAGUGCAGACCAGUUCAUAAACAAUUAUCAACCAUGGAAAACAAGCUACGACUCAGUACAAAAAGCAAAUUCAUUGGUAGAUUGCAUACAUAGUAAUUCCCAGCCUAUUGAUUUGACCAACACGAAACAACCUACAGUUGAGCCAGUGCUACACAUAGCAAUCUCCAAUAAAAAAGUAGUGGAUAAGCAAAGCUUUACCGAUAAUACCCCUGUAGCUCGAGCUCCGCUUUCACAACAAGCACCUUCUCUUCCGAAUUCAUUCCAUCCAGUACCAGUUCAAAACUCUCCCAUGCAAGAUACACGGUCCUCACCUAAUGGUGAAAAGUCGAUCAAAAUUGCAAAUGUUCAACUAUUGCAUCCAGUACGAUCGUCAUCACGAACCAUUGCAGAGCCAGGAUUUUUAAAUGAAAAGGUUUUAACUCCAGAAAUAUCGGAACUGGCCAGAAAUAUGUAUAGUAUACCUCCAAAUUUGAGCAGCCGGGAUGAUUUGACUCAAGUAUCAAAAAUAUCGACUAAAAAACUGCUUGAACCACUUGAGCGAAAUAAUCAGCAGCAUACGCCAUUGGGAACAUUAUCAGAUACAGGUAGUAGACCUGUAUUACUUUCAUUAGAAUCUCCAAAUCCAGCCAAAAGGCUUAUUGCACGGGAAGCAGCUAUUGUAUCUCCCAUUUCACCAUUUACACCUGCGAUCCGCUCAGCUAGCUUGGCUGCAUUACCAUCCCCAUUGGCCACAGGAAUCCAAUACACACCCAUAUGUCCUUUGCCUGUUUCAUCCGGACAGAUCCAAUCAAAGGAUGAAUCCUUUUUAACCCGACAAUCCAGCAAUUCUCCAGAAUUGCCACUUUUAGCAAGAUCCAGAUCGAUUAAAACUGCACGAAACGAUUUCAAAAUAAGCGAAACUGUAUUAAAAUCAACCAAGAAUAAGUAUACAAACGCUAAUUUGGAAGAUGAAAAGAGUUCUGCAAAAAUCUUGAUUCCACCAACAACACAUACUAAAACUCCUUUGGAUAAACAUCAACUCAACACUGUAUUCCCGUCAGUCAAUGUCAUUGCAUUGCCAUUAACAUCAACUAUUCAGCAAGCUCACUCUAAUGUAUCUUCACAACAACCCAUGUUGUGUAUUGAAAUAAAUGGGAAGCAGUACUCAAAAGCCGAUUUGAAAAAUAUCAAGGAUGAGUACAAGAUGCUUCAAAAGCGUAUAUAUCAAACCAGAACCACAAAUCAUAUUACUACUUCAAACUACGAUAAUGAUCACAAUCGAUACAUGCAACUCAAAGAAAUUUUUCGAGAAUUACAAAAUAAAAUUAAAGAAUCGGCUCAUGGCAAUGUGUUUUCGCAAACUAGACUAAAAACAGAUGAUACGGAUGCUGAAACUUCGCCUAUUCUAUUGACUCCAAGCAUAACAGAUCCAAGCAAGUACUCGGCUAAAUUGGCUCUGGAUUUAAUCAUGCAGCAACGAAGAAUUAAUAAUAGACCCGACGAAAUUGAUCAAAUGACAAUGGAACAAAUUAGACAAGAACGGGAGUUUGUCAAAUCAGAGCUGGCAAAACUCAAAAAACAUUACUCUGACCACGCUUUAAAUGCAUCAAGUUCCACCACUACGAGUUCUAUUUCGAAGGAAGAAAGACUGAUCAUGAAGCAACUAUACUUGUGGUACUGCAAUCUCAAACAAAAGAAUGGUUUAGAGAAUGUAUCUUCAUUGGAUACGAAACUAAUAGAUACUGCCACAUUGGAUAUGCAAGACCAAGUGUGGAUUCAGAGUAAUCAAAAAACAGUAAACUGUAUAUUUGACGAAGACAUGUAUCAAAACCUAAAGAAAAAUAAGCGAGAGCUGCAGAUUAAACUGUUUGAAUAUCAGACUAUGUUUCAACAACAGCACGGUAGACAUGCUCAAAGUAUCGAUGAUUGGGAGCCGCUGAAAGUAGAAUAUCUUCAAUACAAGCUGUUUGAUCUAGCACUUUUAUUACAGACAUUUUCAGACUAUUUGAUUGUUUCAUGUUUAUCAAAACUGGUCAGGCAUUUUUCAUGUGCCAAUGAGUCUUACCAUCCCUUCAAUCAUUUCUGUUUUAACACACCUUUUGAAAAGAAUUCUUUUUUUAUAUCUAACAAACAUAAUCUUGGAAGCGACCAGCCCUUGUGGCAAUACUACUUUAGCAUAUCUGUAGUUGCCAUUAUUUCUCAAAAAGUAACUGCCAAUCAGCUUUUACUUUCAUUAUUGCUUUUAUUUGAUUUUAAAUAUCUGGACUCGAAUUGUGAAAGAAAUGUUCAAUUUUUAAAUAUCAGUGACAUUUCUGAAAAGUAG